AUGUUCUUCCUCAGGGGUCUAAACCGCCCGGGUGGCUACAAGAACACUACUGCUCAGGAAGCUUUCGAUGCCUGUCUAGCACACGUCCUCAAUCACGUCCACACUACCCUCGGUCAACCUUGGAAGGACCUCAAUGAUUACAUAUUUGGUCUCGAAGCCGAAACCGAGGUUAGGAUAGGCAACGGCCAAACCUUCAUUGAAGACCACCAACAAUGGCAAUGCGACCGCGCUAGCACAAUCAAAACGGAGCUCAAUGGCAACACUGGGAUAGUCGUGCUCACUGGUGGCGAAUCGUGGAUGAUGUCUGAAUUCGUGCAGCCCGACUUUCUCACAUGUCCUGCCCUGGACGUCAUCUCUAUCCAUACCUACGCCGUCACGGACUACUACACGUCGUCCAUUGAGAGCUACGUCCAGCAGGUGCUCCAUGCACGGAAGAAACUGAUCAUGGAGGAAUGGUAA